ACGAUUCGUCGUCUGUGGCCUUGGGCGUCGAGCCGUCGACCCGCCUGUCUGCUCGCCGCCGCCGCCGCCGCCGCCGCCGUCACCUCAGCUCGCUCCGGUCACCCCUUCCCUCGAGGAUUUACUGGGGGGUGGAUCAUAUCAUGAGGUUCGCGGGCUGGUACCUGAAGAUCGCGGUGGUCGGGGCCUCCAUAGGCGCCGCCAUGGAGCUCUUCAUGAUCCACACCGGCUUCUAUGAGAAGGUAACUGUCUUGGAGUCAGAAAAACGAGCUUGGGAAAGCAGUCCAGAGGCCCGAGCUAUGAGAGAAGCCCUGAAUCCGUGGCGCAAGCAUGAUGAGCAACAGAAGAAAUAGUCAUGCGUUAUGUGUCCUGUCAAGUGUUUGCAUCCUCCAUUUGUAGACCCCUUGAAUAAGGUAAAAUUUGUGUAAAUUGUUUGCAUUUGGUGAAUAAUUUGUCCUAGAUCUCUGAAAUUUCUGGAUGCCUGGAUAUGGUACCUUCCAGCAAAGUUUAAAGGGCUGUAGGCAGCUACGAUAAACUUUUUCCAAGGGAGCAAAAAAAUUUUGAGGGAACAACUGAGCUAAGCUGUACACGUUCAGACUGGAUUCCACUUGUUAUAUUUUGUUUUAAUAGUGUAUCAGUGAAGUUAUAUGUUUAGAAAAGGGUGAAAGUUUGUUUCUUGGUA